CUCUCUCUCUUUUCUGAGCCAAAGAGACGUGGUAGAGGCGAACCUCUCUUCCUGGUGAGUGCUGCCUCUCACAUAUAUAUACUUUCUUCCUUGUCUAAACUUGUGGUUCUGAAACCUCUCUUCCUACUCUCUUGGCCAAUAAGAUCAGUACCUUCCGUAAAGCUAGCUAGAUUAUCAGAGCGAAAAUGGAGGGCGCCGAGGAGAUGAAGAACUUCACCAAGGCAUGGCUUUCAGUCUUCGUAUCUCUGUGCUACUGCUAUGCCAUAGGUAAGUUUGUUCCCAGAGGAUUUCCAAGACUCUUUGGUUUGCUCCCCAUCGUUUGCCUCUUUCUUGUCCUUCCUCUUAACAUCUCCUCCAUUCACCUGGGAGGCAUCACUGCUUUCUUUGUUGCUUGGCUUGCCAACUUUAAGCUUUUGCUCUUUGCUUUUGGUAAAGGACCUUUAUCCUCCAACACUUCAAUCCCUCUUGGGCGCUUCGUUGCUAUUGCUUGUUUGCCCAUUAAGGUCCGGCAAAACCCUGCUCCUAAAUCACAAUCAAAUGGCCAAAAAGGUACUCAUAGUCCGGAUCGGAAAUCACAUUCCAAUGGCAAAACAAAAGAAAACCCAGUUCCUGGAAAGCCUAAAAUGGGACAGAAAUCGCCUCUGAACUACGCAACAAAGGGUCUGUUAUUGGCAAUGUUGGUUCGAGUCUAUGACUACAGUGAGCAUAUUCAUCCAACCGUCUUACUCAUUCUAUAUUGCUUUCACAUAUAUUUCUGCCUCGAAAUCAUCCUGGCCAUGUUCGCAGCACUGGCUCGAACCCUCCUGGGUCUCGAGCUCGAGCCACAGUUCGACGAGCCGUACCUGUCCACCUCGUUGCAGGACUUCUGGGGCAGGCGAUGGAACAUCAUGGUCACCGGCAUCCUACGACCGACUGUAUACGAACCCGUCCUCCACGUCGCUACUCGCGUGAUGGGAAACCGCAGGUGGGCAUCACUACCGGCCGUACUCGGUACCUUUGUCGUAUCGGCGCUCAUGCACGAGCUGAUUUUCUACUACCUGGGGCGUGUGUGGCCCACCUGGGAGAUCACGGGGUUCUUCCUCCUCCACGGGGUGUGUCUGAUGGUCGAGAUCGCUUUGAAGAAGGCUAUCGCCGGAAGAUUCAGGUUGCCGACGAUGGUAGCACGGUCCCUGACCAUCGGAUUCGUGAUGGUAACCGGAUUCUGGCUGUUCUUCCCCCAGCUCCUCCGGUGUAAGGCUGAUGUUAGGGCGUUUGAGGAGUACGCGGCUGCUGGCGCGUUUUUUAAGAAUGCUUUUCAUGGUCUAACUUGGACGGCUCUCAAUACGACAGCAACCCUGUAAACGAAUGUAGGUCUCGGACAUACUCUCAUAAGUCAGUUCAUCGGACGGUUUAAAAUUAAAACUUAAUUGCAUCGAACGGCAUAAUUCGAUAGAUGAAUUUUGUACACUCAUUUAUUAGUGGAGAAUUUCAACAGUCUUAUACA